UUUUCCCCCUCUCUUCCAGCCUCCUCUCACUCAGCACACAAGGUGGUCUGCACCGGAGGCUCCCAUGGCAGUGCUGCAGCCUGUGCUGGAUUAGUGACUGCUCCGUCAUCAUUCCUUAAGCUGUCUGAAGAGCUCUGAAGGAAAGAUGUUGGACUUGAGCUUCCUGACCGAGGAGGAGUAUGAGAAGCUAAUGAAGGUUCUGCAGAGGGAUGCAGAGCUGAAGAAGAAGGAUGGGGAUCGCAUCAGGCGGAUUCAAGGCUCCAUCAAGGAUGAAAAGAAGAAAAAGUUCGUGACUGGUGAAUGGUUUUCAGAAGUGAAGGCGAAACGAUUUCAAGAAGACUUAGAGGGGUCAGAUCUGCUUCGGGCAUCAAUUAGAAAGAAGAAGGGCAAACUGGAAAAUGAGCCUGACGAGCAUAUCCGGAGCGGUCUGGACAGCAGAGCAGUCGCGAGUCCUCCCGUCCCGGAGCGCACUGCCGGCGCAGGAGAGGAGAGAUCCAGUGGGUUUACAUUUGAUACUGCAGAGGGGCCUAAAAUUUUGCCAAAACCAAAGCCAAGACGUCCUGUCCUGCUGUAUGCAUCACACAAGAGAUCCAGUAUAGCUGAUGUCUCUUCCUCAGAGAGUGACACUGGAGGAAAUCCAUUUGUGGCUGCAACAGACAGCUUGCAUUUGUCUUGGAAAGGUUAUGAAGUAUCUCCGUUGCCUGCCAACCGUUCAGAGGAUGCUGUGCCUGAGCCCAGCAGUUCAUCUGGAGGAGAUGCAGUUAAUGGAGCCACUGGCACCACAGCAGUGGCAAAAACGCCAACUGAAGAAAUGUAUGGUCCCAGCAAGAUACCGGUUAAGAGGAAACCAAGCAGAACUUUCCCCAGAUCAGAGCAGUUCAUGAAUCACGUGGGCCCAGCUGACGGCAGCCCCACAAAGAAGGAGCUGCUGGUAAGCCCAAAACCACUCAGUGCAGAGGGAGAAAGCAGCCGGACUGUGAAGCAAGGCACCAACUAUACAAUAUCUUCCAUGAGUAAUAGAGAGGAAGAUAUUGGCUUAGAUCGUGAACACUUCAAGAACUUGAAGAACUUUUGGGAGAAGGCAGCAGACUCCAUGACAGGGGGAAAUGUUUCUGAGGACUCAGGGGACGCAAGCAGCAGGCAGGUCAGGCUGAGUCGCUCACUCUCUGUCCAGUCCAGCCAAAGCCAAGACAGUGAAGAAAAAUCUGUCAUCUCUACCAGAACAAGAACCCCUUAUAAAAGGACAAUAACUUUGUCUUCUAGUGAGGAAGAACCAAGCUGCGUAGCCCCUGCAAGGAAGGGCUCCAUUUCCUUUGGUCCUAAAUCCACAUAUGCCAAGAGCAAAGGCGUGCUGGUUACAAGAAAUAACUCGCUGAGUGAAAGCAAUGGGAAGCUGCCUGUGCCAGAAGAAGAGAAGGCAGCACAGCACUGCUCAAAGAAAUCCAGACUGCCUGUGCGAGUGCCUUCCAUCAAAAUAGAGUCGCCUACCAAGGAAGUGCCUGGCAGCACGUUUGCGCCAGAGACGCCCACGGAUGAGUUUAUCAUGGCAGAAGAGCACAAGCAUCAAGUGGAUUCGCUGGGGAGCAGGGUGCAGAUACUGAUAGAGCCCACGCUUGCAGAUGACGAGAAAGAUGAUCAGAAGGAGCGAAGAUCUGAUUUGGGUACUCAAAACAUCAUGGAAAUAAAUGGAGAGGUACCUGAGGAAAAAAUGUGCGAGUCUCCAGACAACCCAACGCCCAGUGAACCAGCUGGAAAGAGAGAAGUUGUGCAGGGAAUGGACUCAACUGUUUACUCAGAGGAAGUUGGAGAUCGUUCUCCCGCUGCUCAGGCAUUGGCCCGAGCAAACAACAUUAAUCUUGCGAAGAGUAUGGUGAACAUUUACACAACCACAGAGACGUACAAUAAACCUCAUUUGAUACCCCAUCAGUUUCUUGAACCUGAAAGAGUGAAAGAGCUGAGCAGAUCCUCUCCUCUCCUGCUGUCUGAGACUGAAUCAGACACGGCUUCAGAAAUCAGCUUCCAGUUUAACAAGCACAAAAAGACGCCAAGCAUUGGCAGCCACUCCUCCGACAUGGCAUCUGUCUCCUCGGUGAGUGGCAGCGUGCUCAGCGUGUACAGCGGCGAUUUUGGGAGUGUGGAUGCCCAGGGUACUGUUGAGUUUGCUCUAGACUACGAUGAGAAGAACCGGGAGUUCCAGAUUCAUGUCUCCCAGUGCAAGGACCUAGCUGUUGUGGAUGAGAAGAAAGGCAGAUCUGAUCCGUAUGUCAAAACUUAUCUGCUCCCAGACAAAGCUAGAAUGGGAAAGAGGAAAACCUCUGUGAAGAAGAGAACAGUGAAUCCAAUUUACAAUGAGGUGUUAAGGUAUAAAAUAGAGAAAAUGGUAUUGCUGAUCCAAAAGUUAAAUCUCUCUGUUUGGCACAACGACCCUCUGGGACGUAACAGUUUCUUGGGAGAGAUCGAAGUAGACUUGGCCAGCUGGGACUGGAGCAACAGGAAACUCAACUGGUACAUGCUGAAGCCUCGGAGUCUUUCUGCCAUUAAUGGUGCGGAUCAUCGAGGAGUGAUGAAUUUGUCUAUUAAGUAUGUCCCACCAGGAAGUCUAGGUCCCAAGAAUCCCCCCUCUGGCGAAGUUCACAUUUGGGUCAAAGAUGUCAAGGACCUGCUGCAAUUGCGUCCUUCUGGAGUUGACGCCUUUGUGAAAUGCUACGUGCUUCCAGACACCAGUAAGAAGAGUUACCAGAAGACCCGAGUUAUAAAAAGAGACACAAACCCUGUUUUCAAUCAUACUAUUGUGUAUGACGGAUUUCACACAGAGGAUCUGAAGGAUGCUUGUGUUGAACUGACUGUGUGGGAUCAUGAAAAACUAACCAACCAUUUCCUUGGAGGAAUCAGGUUGGGCCUUGGGACAGGUCUGAGCUAUGGCAUCUCCGUGGACUGGAUGGACUCCACGCAAGAGGAGGUGGCCUUUUGGCAGGAGAUGAUGUCAGCUGCCAAUGAAUGGAUUGAUGGAUUGCUGCCACUGCGCUCGUUGGCAGGGAGGAAAAAGCUGAAAUAACCCCCAUCUGUGCUCCGGAAAGGCUAAAUGUGUUGGCUAGAAUUAACUGCUUGCACAGAGGUGAUGGAGACCGUCUGUGAGCCAAACAAGUGUCAGGUUAAUUAGGCAACUGAUGGACAGCCCUUUGGACCUGUUAAGUACUGAUUUGCCAACAGAGGACCUGUUGAUACUAGACUGACACUAUGCUUGAUUUUGAUCAAGGAGGAACUUUGUUUGCCUUUUUGUUUUAUCCUUUAUAAUCAGUAUCUUUGAAUUCCAUUAAGCUCUGGGAAUGCUAGCAGGGAAGAGCAGGUAUAGAUAUUUUUAUUUUUUUACUGUUUCAUUUGCCAUUUUUUUUUUCCUGUGCAGAGAUGUAGUUGUACUAAAGCUGCAGCAUGGUAUUAUUCAUACUUCCCUGCAAGUGGUACAGUUUGUACUUGAUGUAGGAUUGCUUCAAGUCACCAGCCAGCACUGUCUGAGAAUGGAAGCUUUCCGUUUGUCACUGGGGAUAAUGCAUCUGUAAUGUGAGGAAAAUUGAGAUCCAGGUGAAGCUAAAGAAAGAAAGGACUAUUUGAAGCAGAAAAUGAAGCAAUCUGAGGAGGAUAACAAUGAGAAAUUCAAUGUAUUAAUUCCUUUCUGCUCUUCUGUGAAAGAGAGAAGUUGUGGUCCUUUAGCUAGUGGGAUUUUGCAGCUAAGGGCUGUUUUCCUAGCUUUUCCACAGAGUUCCUCAGUGACCUCAGGCAAGUUCCUCAAUUAAAGGACAGUUUCAGUGCAAUAUAAACUAACACACUUGUCCAAAUGUAAAGUAUGGUUACAUUACUGAUGUGCCAAACAGCACCUCUGAAAUGUCUUGUGUGCAAAACAUUUCACUAUGAAAAAAAAUGAUGUAGGAAACAGUCUCAUGUUAGCCUGGCACAGUGGAUCAGGAAGGGAAGGUCUCAGCUAUGUGAGAACCCAGGAGAUCGUGGCAGAGGUAGCAGGGAGUGAAUUAUGCAAAGUGGAGCUGACAGAGCUGCAAGGACUGGGCUUCUCCUGUCCCUCACGGAUCUCAUUGCCCCUCUGGUCUUCUCUUCACUCUGUGCUGGUCAGUUGGAAUUAUCUUUUUUGGCAGUAGCUUGCAAGAAUUUUGCCUCUGACACGUUAUUAGUGACAGAGUUGCGUUAUGAAAUGUAGCUCUGUAAUUUCUUCUUUAAAUGUACAUAUUGUGAUUAAAUAGAAUGUUUUCCCUUAGUCAUCCGCCUGUCUUCUUAAACCUAUCUUUAGCUUGUUCUGAGUAACAAAAAAGCAAGCAGGAGAGGUGUUAGAUGUUGUCGUGUCAAAAUGAUUUUUUUUUUCUCAAGGGUAUGUGAAAUAUUGUGGAGAAAUAUUUUUUGUAGCUAUCUUAGCUUAGAUUUUGGUUCUGUGAAUAUUUUGAUAUUCUUCUUUAAUGUAUUGAUUUUAUUUUUUAACCAAAAUGCAGCGUAAAUCUUCAGCUUAGCAAAGACGGUUGUAAAACGAAUGAAAACAUGUAUGAUAAACGUAACAAGACUUUUUUUUUGAAUGAAGAAGUUUGGAAGAUAAUCGACAGCUUUUGUAGGGGGGAAAUAAAGAAGAUAUUUUUGUGAUGGAAAAAAAAAAGAUUAUUCUUGAAUAUGUACCCGUUCUAGUGCUACAAGCACCUGGAGAACUGUCUGUGGAACACCAGAGUUAAAUAAUGACUAACCUAUUACAAGACGUGUAUAGCUUGUCAACCCAAAGAUGCUUUGUAUUGGCUCCAGUCUGGGAUGUUUUAGUCACCAAGGUUUGGUCAUUUAUUACCCCUGUGGGAUAAUAUUGCAGAUGGGGAUCAAAAGCAACACUGGGCCUAAGGUGAGAGUUUUUAGCUAGCUUUACCCUUUUAGAUGCUGAACAUGUGUGUAUUUAUCCAUACAAGUAACUUACCUCCGACGGGGAGCCCUGCUCAUCGGGGAGGGCGGUUGCUGUAACGAGGCUGCCGGCAGGACGGCUGCUCUCGCCCCAAGCGCCCCCAGCCCGCCGGGUGCUCCCCAGUCCAGGGGCGUCAGCCGCGGCCCAUGACGGGUGAGGAGGCUCUGCAGGGUUGGACGGAUCUCACCCUGGGAGGGUUCUGCUCGGUUCCUCCUCCUGGCAAACCUGGAGUUACCUGCCUGCUCCUCCUCACAUGCCGCUUUAGCAUCAAGCUUUUGCCAAAGCUGCUGUUGCUGUCAGUGGAGCUGGAAAUGUCUGUGUUAGAGUUUCAGAAAACUAACCUCCUCUUUAGUUAGAGGUGCAAAUAAAGAGAGGGUGCCAGCAGGCCAGUUUCUUCCUCAAGUAUUUAGUUGUGUGGAUUCGGCCUGAGGCUUUGUGAACAGAGUAUUCCUGCAUUCAGAUUCUGUUGAGGAUUUUGGUUAAUCUUUCAGCGGCUUGUUUACUUAAAUUAAACCCUGAUUAACUUAAGAAGCUUUCUCUGGCAUUUAAUAGUUUAUCAGAGUAAAAGAUUACACUGCCAAACCACAGUCGCAUUUGUAAUGGAGUUGUAUUUGAGGUGAUAAAACUUGAGAUGUCAUAUGUGUGACUUAAUAUGUAAAAGCACUUUAUGAGAAAAAAAAAAAAAGGCACUUUAAUGCCAUGAGGAGAGCUGGAGCAGCUCAUGGAUAUCGGGUGCCCGGCAUGAGCGUGGCACAAGCAGGGAAGCCCGUGGGAGCUGCGUGUGGCCCUGAUGCCAGCGGCAGCUCCCCGGGCAGAGAUGUGAUCCCUGCCAGCACCAAAGCAGCCCUGGGGGCAAUUUGGGUGUUUAUAGUAUGUGGUCUAUGUGCAUUCCGAAUUGCUCACACUGCAACUGUCUGAAACCGUCAAAAAUAGUUUAGAAGUGUGACCAAAGAAAGGAUUGCUGACCCUUGAACAACAUCCAGUGGAUGUCUCAGAGGCAACAGGAAAAGAAGUGGCUGAAUUAAUUAUCCAUUACUAAGUAUUUGCUCA